GCGCUCGACCAGUACAAGAGCCACCGCAUCCGCGGCAAGUGGAUCGAGGUAAAGAGCGCGGCGCCGCCGCACAAGUUCGUCACCCAGGACACGGCGGAGGCCGUGACGCCGCCGGGCUUCUCCCCGACGGGCACGCCGCCACCGUGCACGACGCCGCAGCCCGCGCUCGGGUACCUGGCCCUGGGCUCGCAGACGGCUGCGGACGACUACGACCCGGCGCCGCUGCCCAAGCUGCUGGGCCCAGCCGGCUGGGCGGAGCCCCAGAAGGUGCUGUUGCCCCCCGGCGCGGCGCCGAUCGGCACCCCGCCGGGGCUGGACCUGGGGUUCCCCAGCGACGCGAUGGCCCGCGCGCACAGGGGCGCCAUCAACGCCAUCCCCCGGCCGAGCACCUUCUCCGCCGCCGUGGCGGCGCAGCAGGCGCUGUGGUGGUCCGGCGGGCCCUUCGGCCCGGGCUACCCCGCCCCUGUGGCCGCCGCGUGCCCGCUGGCGCAGCCGCCCGGACGGUUUGCCGCCACCACGCUCGACUCCGGCCUGGCCGAGCAGACUGACGUGGGCGCCCAGGGCGACCUCAGCAACGCCCUCCAGAGGAGUCUGGAGGAGCUCCUGCGCCUCAAGAUGCGCGGCUCGGAGGACGGCCUGGACUCCCCCGAGCAGCUCGCGGUGGUGUGAUCUUCACGCACUCGCCUCGGAGCCUUCUGCCUGGGCGUCGCGUGCAGGCUACAGCCUAGAGCAUGCCUCAGCGUAGCUUCUCGCCACCAGCGCUUCUGGCCUCCUGGACUCUCGGGCACCCUCCCAGUGUCGCUCAGGGCCCGUGCGCACACGAUGUUGUGGGCAGAGCGGGCCCGGGCGGACCCUCGGGGUGUCUGUUCUCGAACUCUCAUGAUGGGCGA